UGUUCAUCAACCCUUUUGCUCCCCGCCCGCCACCGCUCACAGUUCUCAAUUCCACACCUGCUGCGAUUUGGCGUAACCAUGUCCGCCAUCUACAAUCAUCGCAGUCUUCAACCCGCAGGCGGUCCUCCUCAACCUUCUCCUGUAAUUCGUCUCAAUGAAUCAUUUGAGGCUAUCCGGCAAGAAUUCGACCUGAUAGUCCAAGAAGCUUCCGCUUGUAGGAAUCAGCGCGAUGAUUAUGAAGGAAAAGUUGCCUCACAAAUCAAUGAAUUGAAUAUUAUAAGGCAGUCGAUUUAUGAACUUGAGACACAGCACGGAAAGGUUCGACAGCAAUACGAGGAGGAAUUAUCUCGACUGCGCGCCGAGAUUCACGCCUUGCGACAAGGUCUCCCUCCAGGUACAUCAGGCGGGCCAGGUAUCGGCCCUGUGUCAGUGGUUGGUCCUGGAGGCACCUCUGGUCCGCCGCCUGGCGCUGGAGGUGUUCCACCUUUCAAUGACCCUUACUUUGCACGUGAUCGAGACAGAGAGCGCGACAGAGAAAGGGAAAGAGACAGGGAUCGUGAGAGAGAAAGGGAGCGAGCGGAUUUACCGUUAAGAGACCGCGACCGGGAGAGAGAUAGAGAUAGAGAGCGAGAGCGAGAUCGUGUUAUUGAUCAAAGGGAUCCCAAAAGGCUCAAGCCUGAACGCCUCAAGAGUGAACGUCCAGACAUCUUUUCCCCAAAUCUCAUAUCUAAAUUACCCCCACCGUCUUCAGGUGGUGCUCCUCCAUCGAUGUCAGGGCCAGCCGUUCCCCCUGGUCUCCCUCCUCCCCCAUCGGCGACACCUUCCCAUGGCCCUUCUCCCUAUCCAAACGCUGGUCCGAACUCAGCGGCUACUUCGCCCAUGGUGGAUGUUCAUCACCCCCACCCACAAUCUCUUCCUUCUCAACAGAAUCACCCCGGCCAAAUUCAGCCGCAGCCCACCGGCGGACCUUCUGGUAGCAGCACCACCCUUAUCCCGAUCAAUACUCCAGCAGGAGGAUUCCCUGAAGACGUUGAUAUCGCGACCUAUCCAUCUGAUCUGAAGAAGGAAGGAAGUGAUUGGUUCGCCAUCUUCAAUUCCAAAGUCAAGAAAGGACUUGACGUUAGUUUGGUUCACACACUCAUGCAUGAAAGUGUCGUCUGUUGCGUCCGUUUCUCUGCGGAUGGAAAAUAUCUUGCCACGGGAUGCAACCGAACGGCCCAAAUCUACGACACUAAGACGGGUGCAAAAACCUGUGUACUGGUGGAUGAGGCCGCCGGGAAAGUUGGAGACCUAUACAUACGGAGUGUCUGCUUUAGUCCGGAUGGAAAGUAUCUCGCCACAGGGGCAGAGGAUAAACAAAUCAGGAUAUGGGACAUUGCGAAGAGGCGAAUUCGCAAUAUUUUUGACGGCCACCAGCAAGAGAUCUAUUCCCUCGAUUUUUCCUCUGACGGGCGUUUGAUUGUCUCAGGCUCUGGAGAUAAGACAGCGAGAAUUUGGGACAUGAUGGAUGGCACCUCCAAAGUCCUCACCAUCAAUGAUCCCGAUUCAGUGAAUAACGACGCCGGUGUUACGUCUGUGGCGAUCAGCCCUAAUGGACAGUAUGUAGCUGCUGGCAGUCUGGAUACUGUUGUAAGGAUAUGGGAUGUGGCCACUGGUCAGCUUGUUGAACGGUUGCGGGGACAUCGGGAUAGUGUGUAUAGUGUGGCGUUCACACCUGAUGGCAAAGGUUUGGUCAGUGGGAGCCUGGAUAAAACUUUGAAGUAUUGGGAUGUGUCUGCCUUGAUGCUCAGCAAUUCCCUCAAGGGCAGAAAAGAAGGGCAGCCAAAUGGAAGCGCGAAUGGUCCUGGAUCGCUGGUGAAAAGAGACGGAGAUAAACAGAGUCAGUGCACAAUGAAUUUCACCGGCCAUAAGGACUAUGUCCUUUCGGUUGCUGUGUCUCAUGAUGGGCAAUGGGUAGUGUCUGGAUCAAAAGACCGCGGAGUUCAGUUUUGGGACUCACGGGAUGCGACUGUUCAAUGCAUGUUACAAGGACACAAAAAUUCAGUCAUAUCGAUCGAUCUGAGCCCGUCAGGAAGUAUACUGGCCACUGGUAGCGGAGACUGGCAAGCGCGGAUAUGGAGCUACACAAUGAAUUAAAGUACAGAAGAACACAUGUAAACGACACUUUUUCGCUCUGUAUACCCUUCCUCUGAAUUCACUGUUUCACCUGUGUUCUCCCAAUGUUACCCACUAGGUACUAAAUUCUCCACUUGUCGGAUCAAGUCUACUUCUUUUCCAUUUGUUUUUGAUGAGAUCUUAGUCUGUAUCACGGUGCCCCGUCUUUUUUUACUCUACUGUGUUGUACAUACAUGAUUAUCUCUUCGAUUCUAGUCGCGUUCGUGUGAGACGGUCAGAUCUGGACGCGGUUCAAAUCUACUGAAUGUGUGGUUGUUCUUCGUUGCUUCUGUUUCAUGGAAUUUGGAUAAGGAAAUCGUAGCGUUGUUGUAGCGUGCGCG